CCGGACUUGGGCCGCCGCCGCGUUAGCCAGCGGCAUCCGGAGUCAUCGACCUCGAGUUUGAUUGGGCAAGCCGAGGACUUCCCCAAGAUCCGGGAUGGGGAUGAGAGAUGCGGACGCCAGAAGGGAACUGGCUGGUUCUCCUGAGGAUGCGCCAGCGUCACCCCCGGGCAAGAUGCCCUUCCCUCUGUGUGGCCGGAAUCCUUGCCUGUGGCUUUCUCCUGGGCUGCUGGGGACCCUCCCAUUUCCAGCAGAGUUUUCUUCAGGCUUUGGAGCCACAGGCUGUGUCUUCUUACUUGAGCCCUGGUGCUCCCUUAAAAGGCCGCCCUCCUUCCCCUGGCUUCCAGAGGCAGAGGCAGAGGCAGAGGCGGGCUGCAGGCAGCAUCCUACACCUGGAGCUGCUGGUGGCCGUGGGCCCCGAUGUCUUCCAGGCUCACCAGGAGGACACGGAGCGCUACGUGCUCACCAACCUCAACAUCGGGGCAGAACUGCUUCGGGACCCAUCCCUGGGGGCUCAGUUUCGGGUGCACCUGGUGAAGAUGGUCAUUCUGACAGAGCCCGAGGGUGCUCCAAAUAUCACAGCCAACCUUACCUCGUCCCUGCUGAGCGUCUGCGGGUGGAGCCGGACCAUCAACCCCGAGGACGACACGGAUCCUGGCCACGCUGACCUGGUCCUCUACAUCACGAGGUUUGACCUGGAGUUACCUGAUGGUAACCGGCAGGUGCGGGGAGUCACCCAGCUGGGCGGUGCCUGCUCCCCAACCUGGAGCUGCCUCAUUACCGAGGACACUGGCUUCGACCUGGGAGUCACCAUCGCCCAUGAGAUUGGGCACAGCUUCGGCCUGGAGCACGACGGCGCGCCCGGCAGCGGCUGCGGCCCCAGCGGACACGUGAUGGCUUCAGACGGCGCCGCGCCCCGAGCCGGCCUCGCCUGGUCCCCCUGCAGCCGCCAGCAGCUGCUGAGCCUGCUCAGCGCAGGACGGGCUCGCUGCGUGUGGGACCCCCCGCGGCCUCAGCCUGGGUCCACGGGGCGCCCGCCAGAGGCGCAGCCUGGCCUCUACUACAGCGCCAACGAGCAGUGCCGCGUGGCCUUCGGCCCUAAGGCUGUCGCCUGCACCUUCGCCAGGGAGCACCUGGAUAUGUGCCAGGCCCUCUCCUGCCACACAGACCCGCUGGACCAAAGCAGCUGCAGCCGCCUCCUUGUUCCUCUCCUGGACGGGACAGAAUGUGGCGUGGAGAAGUGGUGCUCCAAGGGUCGCUGCCGCUCCCUGGUGGAGCUGACCCCCAUAGCAGCGGUAGAUGGGCACUGGUCUAGCUGGGGUCCCCAAAGUCCUUGUUCCCGCUCCUGUGGAGGAGGUGUGGUCACCAGGAGGCGGCAGUGCAACAACCCCAGACCUGCCUUUGGGGGGCGUGCGUGUGUUGGUGCUGACCUCCAGGCCGAGAUGUGCAACACUCAGGGCUGUGAGAAGACCCAGCUGGAGUUCAUGUCGGAACAGUGCGCCAGGACCGACAGCCAGCCGCUGCACUCCUCCCCUGGCGGUGCCUCCUUCUACCACUGGGGUGCUGCUGUACCACACAGCCAAGGGGAUGCUCUGUGCAGGCACAUGUGCCGGGCAAUUGGCGAGAGCUUCAUCAUGAAGCGUGGAGACAGCUUCCUGGAUGGGACCCGGUGUAUGCCAAGUGGCCCCCGGGAGGACGGGACCCUAAGCCUGUGCGUGUCGGGCAGCUGCAGGACAUUUGGCUGUGAUGGCAGGAUGGACUCCCAGCAGGUACGGGACGUGUGCCAGGUGUGUGGUGGAGACAACAGCACGUGCAGCCCACGGAACGGCUCUUUCACAGCUGGAAGAGCAAGAGAAUAUGUCACAUUUCUGACGGUUACCCCCAACCUGACCAGUGUCUACAUUGCCAACCACAGGCCUCUCUUCACACACUUGGCGGUGAGGAUCGGAGGGCGCUACGUUGUGGCUGGGAAGAUGAGCAUCUCCCCUAACACCACCUACCCUUCCCUCCUGGAGGAUGGCCGUGUCGAGUACAGAGUGGCCCUCACCGAGGACCGGCUGCCCCACCUGGAGGAGAUCCGCAUCUGGGGACCCCUCCAGGAAGAUGCUGAGAUCCAGGUUUACAGGCGGUACGGCGAGGAGUAUGGCAACCUCACCUGCCCAGACAUCACCUUCACCUACUUCCAGCCUAAGCCACGGCAGGCCUGGGUGUGGGCCGCUGUGCGUGGGCCCUGCUCGGUGAGCUGUGGGGCAGGGCUGCGCUGGGUAAACUACAGCUGCCUGGACCAGGCCAGGAAGGAGUUGGUGGAGACUGCCCGGUGCCAAGGGAGCCAGCAGCCACCAGCGUGGCCAGAGGCCUGCGUGCUCGAACCUUGCCCUCCGUACUGGGCGGUGGGAGACUUCGGCCCAUGCAGUGUCUCCUGUGGGGGUGGCCUGCGGGAGCGGCCAGUGCGCUGCGUGGAGGCCCAGGGCAGCCUCCUGAAGACGUUGCCCCCAGCCCGGUGCAGAGCAGGGGCCCAGCAGCCAGCUGUGGCAGUGGAAAUCUGCAACCCCCAGCCCUGCCCCGCCAGGUGGGAGGUGUCAGAGCCCAGCCCAUGCACAUCAGCCAGUGGAGCAGGCCCGGCCUUGCAGAACAAGACCUGUGUGCCGGGGGCAGAUGGCCUGGAGGCUCCAGCGACUGAAGGGCCUGACUCCAUAGAUGAGAAGCUGCCUGCCCCUGAGCCCUGUGUCGGGAUGUCAUGCCCUCCAGGCUGGGGCCAUCUGGAUGCCACCUCUGCAGGGGAGGAGGCUCCCUCCCCAUGGGGCAGCAUCAGGACAGGGGCUCAAGCUGCACACAUGUGGACCCCUCUGGCAGGGCCAUGCUCCGUCUCCUGUGGGCGAGGCCUGAUGGAGCUGCGUUUCCUGUGCAUGGACUCUGCACUCAGGGUGCCUGUCCAGGAGGAGCUGUGUGGCCUGGCAAGCAAGCCUGGAAGCCGGCAGGAGGUCUGCCAGGCUGUCCCGUGCCCUGCUCGGUGGGAGACCCGAGCCUUGGCUCCAUGCCCGGUGACCUGCGGAGGGGGGCAGGUGCCACUGGCUGUGCACUGUGUGAGGCUAGACCAUGGCCGCCCCAUCCGCCUAUCUCACUCCAAGUGCGGGCCAGAGCCCCGGCCCAGCCCCUUUGAAGACUGCAGCCCAGAGCCCUGCCCUGCCAGGUGGCAGUACAAGCUGGCGGCCUGCAGCGUGAGCUGUGGGGGAGGGGUCAUGCGGAGGAUCCUGUAUUGUGCCCGGGCCCAUGGGGAGGAUGAGGAGGAGGAGAUCCUGUUGGACACCCAAUGCCAGGGGCUGCCUCGCCCAGAACCCCAGGAGGCCUGCAGCCUGGAGCCCUGCCCACCUAGGUGGAAAGUCAUGUCCCUUGGCCCAUGUUCGGCCAGCUGUGGCCUUGGCACUGCUAGGCGCUCGGUGGCCUGUGUGCAGCUCGACCAAGGCCAGGAUGUGGAGGUGGAUGAGGCGGCCUGUGCAGCACUGGUGCGGCCCCAGGCCAGCGUCCCCUGUCUCAUUGCUGACUGCACCUACCGCUGGUAUGUCAGCACCUGGACGGAGUGCUCUGUUUCCUGUGGGGAUGGCAUCCAGCGCCGGCAUGACACCUGCCUCGGACCCCAGGCCCAGGCACCUGUGCCGGCUGAUUUCUGCCAGCACUUGCCCAAGCCAGUGACUGUGCGUGGCUGCUGGGCUGGGCCCUGUGUGGGACAGGGGACGCCCAACCUGGUGCCUCACGAAGAAGCCACUGCUCCAGGACAGACCACAGCCACCCCUGCUGGUGCCUCCCUGGAGUGGUCCCAGGCCCGGGCCCUGCUCUUCUCCCCAGCUCCCCAGCCUCGGCGGCUCCUGCCCGGGCCCCAGGAAAGCUCGGCGCAGUCCAGUGCCUGUGGCAGGCAGCACCUUGAGCCAACAGGAACCAUUGACAUGCGAGGACCAGGGCAGGCAGACUGUGCAGUGGCCAUUGGGCGGCCCCUUGGGGAGGUGGUGACCCUCCGCGUCCUUGAGAGUUCUCUCAACUGCAGUGCGGGGGACAUGUUGUUGCUUUGGGGCCGGCUCACCUGGAGGAAGAUGUGCAGGAAGCUAUUGGGCAUGACUUUCAGCUCCAAGACCAACACGCUGGUGGUGAGGCAGCGCUGCAGGCAGCCGGGAGGUGGGGUGCUGCUGCGGUAUGGAAGCCAGCUUGCUCCUGAAACCUUCUACAGAGAAUGUGACAUGCAGCUCUUUGGGCCCUGGGGUGAAAUCGUGAGCCCCUCGCUGAGUCCAGCCACAAGUAAGGCAGGGGGCUGCCGGCUCUUCAUUAAUGUGGCUCCGCACGCCCGGAUUGCUAUCCAUGCCCUGGCCACCGACAUGGACAAUGGGACCAAGGGAGCCAAUGCCAGCUACAUCUCGAUCCGGGACACCCACAGCUUGAGGACCACAACGUUCCAUGGGCAGCAGGUGCUCUAUUGGGAGUCAGAGAGCAGCCAGGCUGAGAUGGAGUUCAGCGAGGACUUCCUUAAGGCUCAGGCCAGCCUGCGGGGCCAGUACUGGACCUUCCAAUCAUGGGUACCGGAGGACCAGGACCCGUCCUGGAAGGGAAAGGAAGGGACCUGACGGUCAUUGAACAUUUGUUACGUGUCUGGCCAGCCCUGGAGGGUUGACCUCUGGUCUCAGUGCUUUCCAAUUCGAACUUUUUCCAAUCUUAGGUAUCUGGAGUCUUCUCCAGUGUCCAAAAGGCUAGGGGGUUGGAGGUAGGGAUUCUGGAAAGGCAGCCCCCAUUU